AUGAGCCCCGGUGACGCAGUCAACAACGCAAAAACUGAGAACCCUGAGAAUACAACCCAGCCCCAGUCAGCUUUUAAAUCAAUGGCGACGUCAGAGAGCAAUACAUUGUACCUCAGCAAGAAAACCUUCAAUAUCCCGUUGCUCAAAGACAAUGGAUCUAACUACACAGCCUGGAAGUUUUGUCAGACAACCGUUCUUUGCCUACACGGAUUACUUACCAUAGCCAACGGCACGGAAAAGAAACCCAAACCACUAACGGGAGCAGACGCGUUGAUUGCAAGUAAGGUUGCUGAACACCAGAAGCUGAUAGAUCGAUGGGACAAGCGUAACAACAAAGCAUUUGCGCAAAUUGCAAUGAAUAUGGACGACGGCGCGAUGGCAGAAGUCAUCAAGACAUUGGGAGCGCAUGAGGCAUGGAAACGCGUGAUCAAACAAUGGGAAGGAAAAGGAAUGCAAUCCCUGUCCUUCCUAUUCCAGCAGCUAAUGAGUACAAAAAUCAAGGAGGAAGAAGACCUUACCACAGCGUUCAAUAACAUACGAUUGCUCACCUCAAAAAUGAAGACUCUAGGCGAACCAAUCAGCAAUCUAAUGCUAGCCCAAGUCUUAAUGAACGCGUUACCUCCAUCUUAUGCAAUCAUUUCCUCUGUAGUCUCCACUUUGAACCAAGGCUCUACCAUCACAUCAGAUAUGGUUAUCAAAGCCGCGUAUGCCAAAGAAAAACGGCGUAAAGCAGGAGUUGGCCUCAAUGCCAUGUUCACGCAAGCCUCAAAGUCAAAUUUGCAAUCAAAAUCCCAGAGUAACGCAAAGGGGAAAGGAAAGGACAAAGGUCCUCCAUGCAAAAACUGUGCAAAAACAGGACAUACCAAGAAAGAAUGCUGGGGAAAGGGAGGCAAUGCAGAAGGAACAGGACCGCAUCAGAAGCAAUGCGCAGCAAAGGAGGCAAAAGAGAAAGCCUCAAACGCAGCACCAAAAAGCAAAUCAGCCAAGGUUGCGUUGACAAACAACGGGAACAAAUCCAAACCCACUUUAUACGCUCUUCCUGCAACCAACAAUUGUUCAUGCGCAAGCUCCUGGCUGCUUGAUUCCGGCGCAUCUCAACACAUGACCCCAAAUUGUCACUGGUUUGCUACAUACCAAUCGCUAUCCAUGCCAAUAAACAUUCAAGUUGGCAAUGGAAACCGUAUCCCAGCCAUUGGCGUAGGCCGCGUUCUUGUAACACUAAAGAAUUGCCAAGGUCUAGAGACCAAAGCUUACAUCAAGUCAGUCCUACACGUACCCAAUCUAAGUGCCAGCCUAUUAUUGGUCAAAGAACUAGUCAACGGCGGCACCAAUGUGAUGUUCAAGCACGGAGGAGCAAUCCUUGUUUUGAAUAAGGGACAGGGGAGAGAAGUUGGCUACGCAUUAAAAAAUGCCAAAAUAACAACUCACAUUGCCCAUGUCAAACCUGAUGAUUGGAACAAAAAAGACAACUCCAAAGCCCUUGGAUUUGCAUACAGUGCCGGGACAGUUGCACAAGCAGACCUGUCAACAUGGCAUUGUUGCCUAGGUCACCUAAACUAUGAAUACGUGUUAGACAUGGUGCAAAAAGGAGCUGCGGACGGAAUGGACAUUAUUGGAAGCCGCAUACCGCCUAAAUCCCCUUGCCCCCCUUGCGUGAAAGGAAAACAGACUCAAAAUCCAUUCCCUACAUUGACAAAUCAUGCUUCAAAACACCUUGAAUUACUUCAUAGCGAUCUGCAUGGGCCCGUAGCCAUCAAAGCAAUAGGUGGCUAUUGA